UCCAAUAUCGUAGCCAAGACUGGUGUCACUAUCCAGACAUACAGGAACCUCGUCCACAAGACACAUUCCGAGUCGAAAACCUUGCUCGACAUCGGGGUUCUCAGGUUCCCGGACAUUGGCAACCCCCAUUUCAAGCUGUACUACAUCAAACUCGAGGCUUGGGCGCAAUGCAGGCAUUUCGUUGGGGUCCAGGAAGACAGCAACGGAAUCUCCGGC